CUGACAUUAUCUCAACGGUCGAGUUUAACUCAUCGGGGGAGCUGUUGGCCACCGGGGAUAAAGGAGGCAGAGUGGUUGUCUUCCAGAGGGAGCAGGAGAGUAAGAGCCAGCCCCAGCGUAGAGGGGAGUACAAUGUUUACAGCACAUUCCAGAGCCACGAGCCAGAGUUUGACUACCUGAAGAGUUUGGAGAUUGAGGAGAAGAUCAACAAGAUCAAAUGGCUUCCUCAGCAGAACGCCGCCUACUUCUUGCUAUCCACCAACGACAAGACGGUGAAGCUGUGGAAGAUCAGUGAGAGAGACAAGCGUCCGGAGGGUUAUAACCUGAAGGAUGAGGAUGGACGGAUCAGAAAUCCGUCGACCAUCACCUCGCUACGGGUGCCAGUGCUGCAGCCUAUGGACUUGAUGGUUGAGGCUACAGCCAGGCGUGUAUUCAGCAAUGCCCACACCUACCACAUCAACUCCAUCUCUGUCAACUCCGACCUGCAGACGUUCAUCUCCACUGACGACCUCAGGGUGAACCUGUGGAACCUGGAGAUUACAGAUCGCAGCUUCAACAUCGUGGACAUCAAGCCAGCCAACAUGGAGGAGCUGACAGAGGUGAUCACCUCAGCUGAGUUUCAUCCCCAGCAGUGUCACACCUUUGCCUACAGCAGCAGCAAGGGCUCAAUACGUCUGUGUGACAUGAGACAGGCUGCGCUUUGCGACAAACACUGCAAAUACUUUGAGGAGCCAGAGGACCCCUCCACUCGCUCCUUUUUCUCUGAAAUCAUCUCAUCCAUUUCUGACGUGAAGUUCAGCCACAAUGGACGCUACCUGAUGACAAGGGACUACCUCACUGUCAAGGUGUGGGACCUUCAAAUGGAGAACAAACCUCUAGAGACGUACCAGGUUCACGACUAUUUACGAGGAAAACUUUGUUCUCUGUAUGAGAAUGACUGCAUCUUUGACAAGUUUGAGUGUGUCUGGAAUGGAUCAGACAGUGUCAUAAUGACUGGCUCCUAUAACAAUUUUUUCCGAAUGUUUGACCGGAACACUAAACGUGACGUCACACUGGAAGCAUCCAGGGAGAACAGCAAACCCAGAGCCAUUCUCAAACCUCGCAAGGUGUGUGUGGGUGGAAAGCGUCGUAAGGAUGAGAUCAGUGUAGACAGCCUAGACUUCAGCAAGAAGAUCCUUCACACUACGUGGCACCCACAUGAAAACAUCAUCGCUGUAGCGGCCACCAACAACCUCUACAUCUUCCAAGACAAGGUCAACUAAAGGGCAGUCUGCCUCUGCUGACCCCUGACCCCCACACAUGAGGGGCUGGGUUGGGGGAAAGAGAGAUGGAGCCCUUAUUUACAUCCUUCUCCUCCUCUCCCUACGUCUUGUUGCUGCCGGUCUUGAAUUUUGCCGCCCUGCUGAGGAACUGCAGAGAUGAGUAUCCAGUGACUGAACUGGAAAAGUAGACAGUGGGAAUUUUGGGAAGCAGGGAAUUGAUAGAACCUGGAUACAACUUGAGGAAAAAUGUUCCUCGAAAAUCAAGAAUGGACUUUCAUUCUUCAAUUUGACUUAUAAUUUAAUUUAUUUAGCCAUGCCGACACCCGGAGAAGUGAAUCCUGUGCAUUUAUGCAACAAGAGGAUUGCUGCAUGAAUACCAUGAUGUAGCAGCCCUCUGCACCCUGAAGAAAGGGGUUCGAUGUGGGUACACUGAACAUAAAGUAGAGCACACAGACAGAAACCUAGCUUACAUGAUGGUGGCUCAUUGUCAUGUAGCAACAGUGCCCCCUCUCUUUCAAUCUGCUCAUGCUACAGUGCAUGUGAUCAGUCCUGCGGCCCUCUAACUGAGGCAAAGUUGUGACAGUGCAACCCUCUGCAAAACAAAAGAGGAAGAGACUGUUAAUCCUUGACCCCAGAAACUGAGAAUUUUCUCUGCCUGUGACACAACGUGGUCAGUCUUUCUAGUACCAAUUCUGUGUCUCCUUGGUGAGACUGCUGUAGUCUGUAAUGUGAAUGAAGCCCUUCCAGGCUGUGUCAAUGGUUUUAUUUAAUGCUGUUGUUUUAUUGAGUCCUUCUCUCGGUCAUUCAGUCUGUUUAGAAGCUGUGGUGCCUUCUUUUGGUAUGUGGGGGUUCGAUGUAGUGGGUGCGGGAGGGGGGAGGGGACUGAGUACAAGGCAGGAGUGUGAAUGUUUCAAAUGAAAUGUUAACUUAGGAAAUUUUCUUUUCUUUAUUUUUUUUUCUCUCUUUCUCUUCAAACAAAAAGAAAAAAGCUCCACUGAGGUCCCAAGUGGAAAAAGUGCUUGAAGCAGUGUAGUCAAAAUUUACAUUUUAGCACCGGCUACAUGCUUGUGAGUUCAGGGGAGGACGCUGUGAUAUGUACAAAGUAAUUGUUGCUCUUAUCACAUUGCAGUCAGUCUGAUGCCAUCAGUUUGCAAGAGACACAACAAAACCUAUUUUUUUCUGCAAAAUUCCUGUUGGAAAAAAAAAAUCAACAUUUUUGCAUUAUUUGCAUAGUACUGAAAAUGAUCUGUAGAUGGUAGAAGCGUCAACUUUUCAUGUCCAAUUUUUGAAUUUAAGAUUUCUUGGCAUAACAUAAUGCUAGCAUAGCUCUUUUUGCAUGCGUUGGAUCUGGUUCUGAUGAAACUGACAGCCUGCACAUAGAUAUCUGAACAUCUACAGAUCAUAUGUGGCACUAUGCAAGUAAAACGCAGAAGUAGCCAGUUUAAAAUGUUUGAUUUGAGUUUGCUGCGGUGCCUGUCCAUGUUCCUCCUCUUGCUGAAGUUGUGUAACAUGGAACAGCAGCAGGUUGUAUUUCGGCACUCGGCUCGGAUCAGUUUGGAAAUCCUCUCUUGUCUCAGAUUUGUUUUAGAGGCAACUCCCAUAAAGGUAAGCAGUCAAAGGUCUAAAUGAACUCUGUGAAAUCAGGGAAUUAUUAAGUGUGAUUCCUUUAAACAGUAAUGUCUUCUAAACAACCUUCUUUGUGACACUAAUUGAAAAAAAAAAAAAAAACUUUUAUAGCUCAGAAUGUAUUGAAAUGCAAUUAAUUACCAUGCAGUCUUUAUGCUUACUGGACUUUCUUUGAAUAAAAAAGAAUAAAG